AUGAUAGUGAGAAGAAAUUGGGCCUUGCGGUUGUCCGUAGUUUUCAACAUCUGCGUACUGCUGUACAUCUGCGUUCAUUUUCGGUCAGGAACUUGGAUCGAAGAUGCCUCCAACUGGGAAAACUCUUCAGAAGCUUCUAAUGAACUUCAGACAAACAGUAAUAAUAAUAAUAAUAAUAACAAUAAUAAUAAUAAUAAUAAUAACAACAACAACAAUAAUAAUCAAAGUAGCCAAAUAACGUCACGACUGUUGAACAGCAUUGAAGGAAGAUUCUUCGGAAAAUUAAUUUCAAACAGUAAAAAUAAACCUACGGAGAGCAUUGAAGCUUCUAAGACGAUUGAAAAUAAAGAACAGACGAGCCAUAAAUCAGAGACCGCACAAAGUUCUUCUUUAUUCCUUUCCGGUCAAGAGAGCUCUCCUCUGGUCCAGCCAUCGGCGGCUGCAGUGUCGUCGCCAUUAAGCUUGAAAGACAUAAUAAAGUGUAACGACAAGUCAUUGGAAGCUAGAAUUGCUCAACGCGGUGAUUAUUGGGUACUUUAUAACUAUGUGCCAAUGAGUAUUUACGUAAAAUGUUGGGAAAGCGUCACGUAUACGACUCAUGCGGACUUUACUUUUCUCGACAAUCUGGAGCCUUUGCUGCAACGCUGGCAAGCACCAGUAUCGAUUGCUUUGCAUGCACCAGGCACAGACUUUCAGCCGACUUUAGAUUCAAUCAGAUACUUGAGAAACUGUGGGAGUCCACUUGUCUCACAAUUCACUACCUUUCAUAUUUAUUUCAAUAGCAAACAUGUGCCUAAAGCGGUACCCUCAAGCGAAAAAGUAUUAGCAUUUGAGCCGUACAAUUGCAGUCUCGGGCCACCUUGGUCACAUCAAAAUGUCAUAAACAAUAAAAUGUAUAAAAAUGAAAAAAAACUUUUGUAUCCUGUUAACGUUGGUCGUAAUAUAGCACGUGAAUCUGCUAUAACUCACUACAUACUAGCGAGUGACAUUGAGCUUUAUCCAAAUCCGGGUUUACCAGACAAUUUUCUCGAGAUGAUACGGAAAAAUGAUCAUCCGGCAUUGUCCAAGUCAAAUCCUAAAGUAUUUGUCCUGCCAAUAUUUGAAGUUGAUAAAAAAAGUUUACCACCGACUAACAAAACAAUAUUGAUAAAAAUGUUAAAAACGGGUACUGCGAUACCAUUUCACAAGAGAUUGUGCUCGAUUUGUCACAAUAUACCGAAAGGAAAAGAAUGGCAAGAAGCCGCAGAAACAGCAGAUCUUUCUGUAUUUCAUGUUGGGAAGCGUACCGGUAAUUUCGCUCACUGGGAGCCUAUAUUUAUUGGUACAAAUAAUGAGCCAAUGUACGAAGAACGUUUAAGUUGGGAAGGUAAAAGUGAUAAAAUGCCACAAGGUUAUGCACUUUGUGUUUUAAAUUAUGAUUUUCUGAUUCUCAAUAAUGGAUUUCUCGUUCACCGACCGGGUAUUAAAUUUUACAAAAAAGAUCCUCGACGUGAUAUGUUGACCGACAAGACGAAUACUUUUAUUAAAAAAAUUUUAUUACCCGAGCUUAAAGUCAUUUACGGAACGAGAAAGGGCUGUGUCGUGUAA